AUGGGAAUCUCGAUUGAACAAUACCGGUCAAGUAUUGGCCCUCAUGACAAUUUCGUGACAACAAAGGAUAUCUUAUCACGUUUUAAUGAUCAUUUUUGGAGUUUAAUGUUUGUAAUGAUUUUCUACAAUGCCUAUAUUCCACUACUUAAAAGGCAGGCAAAUGAUGUAGAGGAAAAUCCAGGCUGUAGCGGCACCCGUGGCCCUACAAUAUUUGAUGUCAUUGAUCCAACAAGAACAAUAUGUACUGAUUACAGUCAAGGAAAUGAAGCAAUCUUUGGUGAAAAUGCUGGUAAGCAAUGUGUAGCAAUGUCACUUACUGCUAUUAUUUAUCAUCACAUAGGAGAUAUUAGUUUGUGGAUUUCUUCCACUUUGAAUAUUCUUACCAUUGGAAAUAAUUUGUAUACUUCUAUAAGAUGUUCUGUUCAGACAAAUAAUUAUUUGCUUUUAACUGAUGUUCCAUGCAUUGUUUCAAUUUACAAUAAAGUAUACACAUUACAAUAUAGUGAGUCAUUAACAGGAAGUUCGUUCAUGACAUCAAGUAAUGGGCCAUACAUGUCUAUUCAAAAUUCUCUGACAGAAGUGUUUUCAAAUCGUCAACUUAACUACAAUUGUUGUUUGUUAACAAUUGGAAUUAAUACUGUUGCAGUGAUUAAGAAUGCAGAACAAAGCUUUAAAAUUUUUGAUGCUCAUUCCAGGGAUUUGCAUGGGAUACCCCACUCAUUUGGGAGAUGUUCUCUGCUUACCAUUGAAGGAAUUGAGAACCUUGUAUCAUAUUUGAAAAUUUCCAGCUUACAAAUAGGGGUUGUUCCUUUUGAAAUUAAAGGCGUCUUUGUCAGAGGUAAUGAACUUGAUUUGCAAAAUGUUCACAAGAGUCCAAAAAUUGAACAUUUGCGUUUCAGAAAUAAAAGAAACCAAACACAACAUAUUAAAAGGAAGCAAAAGUCUUUAACUGAAACGCCAGAAGAAAAAGAAAAACGAUUGAUUGCUAGACGUGAAUAUGAGAAACGAAGAAGGGUAAAUGAAACUGUGGAAUCUAGGGAAAAGAGGCUGGCCCAGCAGCGUCUGAACAGGGAAAAGAGACGUGCAAAUGAAUCUUCUGAAUCGAGAAAAAAGAGGCUGGCAACCCAAUCUCAGUAUCAAAGACAAAAAAUUGCAAAUGAUCAGCAGAAUUUUAAAGAAGAGAGACUGUUAAACCAACGUCAAUAUCAGAAAGAAAAAAUUGCAAAUGAAUCUGCAGACCAUAGGCAAGAAAGACUAACAAACCAGCAUCAAUAUCAGAAGGAGAAAAAUGUAUAUAACCCAACCAUUACUGGUGAAAUCAGAAAAUUACACGCUAAUGUCUCUAGAGGUCCAGAGUACAUUUGCUCCUGUUGUAGCCAGUUGUGGUAUAAACACAGUGUUAUCACUGCUGAAAAACUUAGACUGACCAACCCUACAGCAGAAAAAUAUUUACUGACUAAAACAAGUGUUGAUGGAAUUGAGUGCAUCUGUCAGUCUUGA